CACCUGAAGAUGGUGGCCAGUUGCAAUGUCGAUAUCGUGUCGUCCGGCAGUAUAGCCGUGAAGAGCAUCAACAAGCAUUACGCCUGACAAAUCUAGGUCUAAUUGAAACAUGAAGCUGACGUUAACAGUCGCAAUACUGGCAGUCCUGCUCCUAGCAGGUGCUGAAGCUGAUACGCCAGCCAACUGUACCUACGGGGAAGUUCUGGGCACGUGGACAUUUUAUGAAGGAGCCCGCACCUUCAGCAGCUCGGUAGAUUGCUCCUCUAUGGUGGAAAUUGUAAAUGAGGAAAAAAUACAUCUGUCGUACCCGAACGUAGCCACAGACAAAUUCGGAAAUAUCGGCACAUGGACACUCAUCUACAACCAGGGCUUCGAGGUCACUGUCAACGGCCGCUCCUACUUCGCUUUCUCGUACUACGAAAAUAACGACUCGUCGGUGACCAGUUACUGCGACCGGACGUUCGACGGCUGGGCCCAUGACGUCACGGUGCGACACUGGUCCUGCUUCAAUGGCCAAAAAGACGAGCAACUGCCCGCCAAGACGCACACCGCGCCAGCCGCAGCCCUGGGACUCAAGAAAGAACUUAAGGUGACCGCUGCAGACCAGAAUCGGCUCAUCAAAGAAAUAAAUCAGGCGCAGCAUCUGUGGAAAGCCAAGGUGUACAAGCAGUUCAACGGCAUGUCAUACAAGGACCUGAUGAACAUGGGAGGAGCCCAAAGCCCCUCAGCACGCCACUGGCCGGAGCCUGCCCCAGUGACGGCGGAGCAGCGGCAGCGCGCCUCCUACCUGCCCAAGCAGUGGGACUGGAGGGACGUCGACGGCGUCAACUACGUGUCGCCCGUCAGGGACCAGGCAAGUUGCGGCAGUUGCUACGCCUUCGCAUCGGCUGGCAUGAUCGAGGCUCGACUCCGUAUACAGACCAACAACACCGUCCAGACGGUCUUCUCCACGCAGGACGCGGUCAGCUGCUCGCAGUUGGCCCAGGGUUGCUCAGGUGGAUUCGGCUACUUAAUAGCAGGACGUUACAGCAAGGACUAUGGACUCGUGGAAGAGUCUUGUAAUCCGUAUCAGGGAAUAGACGCACAGUGUACCACUGACAGCUCCUGCCGCAGGCAUUACGUUUCUGACUACACGUAUAUUGGAGGUUACUACGGUGCGGGGAACGAGGUUCUCAUGCAAGAAGCACUUGUGCAGCGUGGACCUCUCGUCGUCGACUUCAUGGUGUUAAACGACUUCCGGUCCUACACUAGCGGCAUCUACAAGCACGUCGAAACAUCAGCCUCGACACGGGAAUUCAACCCCUUCGUCGAGACGAAUCAUGUUGUACUGCUGGUGGGUUAUGGUGUAGAUGAUGAGACUAAUGAGAAGUAUUGGAUAGUGAAGAACAGCUGGGGAGAGGAAUGGGGUGAAAAUGGAUACUUCAGAAUCAUUCGUGGCGUCAAUGAGGUCGGCAUUGAAAGUCUGCCUUUUGAAGCCACGCCCAUCCCUUGAGCUACUAGUGCCAAAUUUGUCACUAAAAGCAUUUACUAGCAAAAGAUUGAGCCUGUAAGUUGUGAUUCACACUGUUUUAUAUUUA